GGAGACCUUGAACGCCUGCCGUCAGCGAAGCAGUCAGUUCAGACCCAGUGUUGGAGAGAGAACAGCGUGUGAAACAGAGGAACGCAAGUGCUGUGUGUUUGCAUCAGUCUGCCAGUGUCAUCAAAGACAGGUCCAAAGUAUGCGGUGGUGGAGUGUGGAAGUGUUGGUGGUGGUGAUGCUGGCGGUUGUGCACCAGGCGAACGCCUCCAAGAUCCUCUUUCUUGCUCCCUUCAGCAUGCAGAGCCACAAGAACUUCUUCAUGGGCAUCGCGGAGGCUCUGGCCGCCAAGAACCAUACGGUAACUUUUGUGAACGGCCUUAAAGAAUCUAAGUCAAGGACAAACAUUCGUGAAGUGAUUAUCCCAAACUCAGACAUUUUCUCCCAAUUCCCCAACAAGUUUAACUCAAGUUCAUACGACACCUUCGUGACAAUCUUGCCUCUGGUACCCAAGUACUGUGGAGACGCCCUUCGCUCUCCGGAGAUCCAACGUCUCCAAGACGAGACGUUUGACGUGGUAAUGUUAAGUGUGGUCUUCACUGAUUGCUUCUAUCCAUUUCUGCACAAGUUACAGGCUCCGUUUAUUCAUAUGAGCCCAAACUUCCUGUUCGGAGCCCACAGCGACGUCUCUGGCAACCCCCACUUUCCAUCCAUGGCUCCAAGCACGUUGCUAGACAUAGUAUACCCUCUCACCUUCACCUCCAGGAUGAAAAACACUCUUAAUGAUAUCAUGGCGCUAGCAAUCACCAACUAUUACACGAUACCUAAGGUUGCAGUUGAGAUCGAUGAGGACGCCAACUUCAUUUCUUCUGUGAGACAAAACGGAAGUCUAUAUAUUGUUAAUAGUGUGGAGACCCUGGAGGUGCCGCCCAGACCUUACGUCCCUACCGUGGUCCACGCUGGCGGCAUCCACUGUAGACCAGCCCAGCCUCUCCCUCUGGACCUGGAGCAGUGGGUGGCAGCCUCAGGAGACGCCGGCUUCAUCUUCUUCAGUCUUGGAAGUUCCGUCAAGGGGUCAACUAUGCCAGACAAGUACCGGCGGGUGCUGGUGGAGGUGUUCGCGUCCCUAGAGCAGCGGGUCCUCUGGAAGUGGGACGAGGACACCAUGGAAGAUCUCCCGUCCAAUGUCCGUCUCGCCAAGUGGCUCCCCCAGCAGGAUAUUCUUGGGGACCCUCGCCUGCGACUGUUCAUCACUCAUGGUGGUCUUUUAAGUACUCAGGAGGCCACCUACCAUGCUAUACCUAUCCUGGGUAUCCCCGUCUUCGUUGAUCAACAUCAUAACAUGAGACAAGCCCAAAAUGAAGGCUGGGGACGGUCCUUGGCCUGGGAUGACCUCACCUAUGACCUCCUUCGCCAGAAUAUCUUCCAUGUUAUGGAUGACACCAGGAUGAGAGAGGAGGCAGAGAGACGGGCAGCUGUGAUGAGAGACCAGCCAAUGUCUCCUGGUGACUGGGUGGUCUACUGGGUGGAGUAUGUUAUCAGGCACCGGGGCGCACCCCACCUUCGCUCCCCGUUCAUCACUAUGCCCUGGUACGAGGUGUACAAUGUGGACGUGUGGGUGGUGGUGGUGAUGGUGGUCACUCUGGCCACUUACCUCUCCCUCAGGGCCGUCCUCGCUCUCAUCACCUGCUGCUGCUCCAGUACUACUAAACCCAAACAAGAAUAAUGAAAAUAUUAGACUUACCAGCGCUUCUGAACAUGAACGUUUCCAUGGUUAACGUCGCUAUUAAUCCACAGAGGAAUAUAUUUGUCCACGUUAUGGAAUUACUCAGUAUUAAGAUCAACUACAAUGACCCCAGAUCACUCUCCAGCUGUACAAUACUCAUGGUCAGACUCCAGCUGUACAACACUCAUGGUCAGACUCCAGCUGUACAACACUCAUGGUCACACUCCAGCUGUACAGCACUCAUGGUCACUCUCCAGCUGUACAACACUCAUGGUCACACUCCAGCUGUACAACACUCAAGGUCACUCUCCAGCUGUACAACACUCAUG